AUGAGAAGAGUCACACUGUUUGUUAACGGAACGUCCACCAAUGGGAAGGUGGUGGCUGUGUACGGCUCCAUGGAGGAUUUACUGUCGGUGGCCAGCUCCAAACUGGGAAUAAGAGCCUCUAGUGUUUAUAACGGGAACGGCGGCCUGAUAGACGACAUCACCUUAAUCAGAGAUGAUGACGUGCUGUACAUAUCAGAGGGAGAUUCAUUUGAAGACCCUCAGGACGACUUCAGCUGUGUUGAAAAGUGUCAGACUCACACUGAUUGGCUGACGCUGAAUGUGGGAGGACGCUGCUUCACCACUACCAGGAGCACGCUGGUCAGUAAAGAGCCAGAGAGCAUGCUGGCCCACAUGUUCAGAGAGAAAGAUGUUUGGGGCAACAAGCAAGACUCUCAGGGGGCGUACCUCAUAGAUCGAAGUCCAGACUACUUUGAACCCAUCCUGAAUUACCUGAGACACGGGCAGCUCAUCAUCAACGAAGGCAUCAACCCUCUAGGCGUGCUGGAGGAGGCUCGAUUCUUUGGUAUCGAGCAGCUCGCUGAGCAGCUGGAGACGCUCAUAAAAUCCUCCCAGCCCCCCGAUGAUCACUCUCCUCUCAGCCGGAAAGAGUUCAUCAGAUUUCUUCUUGCCACGACCACCAAGUCAGAACUGCGCUGUCAGGGUCUGAACUUUACCGGAGCAGAUCUGUCUCGACUGGAUCUACGCUACAUCAACUUUAAGAUGGCCAACCUGAGAGGAACCAACCUGAGCCACGCUAACCUGAGCGGGGCUAACCUGGAGAGAGCCGACCUGUCCCUGGCCUGUCUCGAUUCAGCCAACCUGCAGGGUGUGAAGAUGUUGUGCACAAACGCUGAGGGAGCGUCACUGAGAGGCUGCAACUUUGAGGAUCCUGCAGGAAUCAAAGCCAACCUGGAGGGAGCCAACCUGAAGGGUGUGGACAUGGAGGGCAGUCAGAUGACGGGGAUCAACCUGCGAGUCGCCACGCUGAAAAACGCCAAACUGAAGAACUGCAACCUGAGAGGAGCAACGCUGGCUGGGACCGACCUGGAGAAUUGUGACUUAUCAGGAUGUGACCUGCAGGAGGCGAACCUGAGAGGCUCCAACGUGAAGGGAGCGAUCUUUGAGGAGAUGUUGACGCCUCUGCACAUGUCUCAGAGCGUGCGCUAAGAAAAUCAACACAGUGUUCAUUAUCAUAGAGCUUUAAACCACAGGGAGAUGUGUGAGUAGUCAUGGCACACGUGUGUUUCAUGAUCAGUGAUCAGGGCCACCCCAAAAUCCUAAACAGUGAUUGGCUAUUUGUGAAGUAGGCAGUUUUUUCUUAAAUCAUUGAGUAUAUCUUACCUACACUGGACUGAUUCUACUUUAAUACGCCUUAGGUGAGCGAUAUCAGAGUGGCCCCAGCAUCCAUUUGGACACUCCUGCUUUAAAGAAAUAAAUAAAAGAGGUCAGAGUUCUCACCAGGGCUCUCAGUUUUCUUAAAGUCCUGUUUAAGAAUGAAACACACGUUUGUUACGAGCACCGGUGCUCCUUUCUCUGCUGGUUUUACUCGUCUCUCCCUCACAUGACCAGUGAAUGCCAAACUUUGUCUUCUUCUCAACCAAACAGCAUCGAGUGUCCAAGAGUUUUACAGUUUCUGCUUUUCUUUGCAUCCAUCAGAGAAAGCAAAAAGCCUUUUUUUAAACAUGCCUUUGUGUCUUUUUAGAGGAAAUGCUUUUGUAGGAUUAUCAGAAUGUGCACAUGCAGGCUUCUGAAUGUAGUUCUGUGUAGUUUAGAACUAAAACUAUGAAAUUUAUGAGCCUUAAAGAGCUGUCAGAUAAAUUUAAAUUAAAUAUAAAUCACACAGCAGGGAACUGUGUGUUUAAAAGGUCUUAUUUUUCCAACAUCUGUAGCAGCUCCAGGCUCCCCGAGGAGAAAAUGAACCGUUUACUGAAGCUUAAAUGUGCUGAAUUAAAGAGAGGGGUUUUUGUCCAAGUUUUUUUUUACGUUUUUGUAGCUCAUAUAAAUUUCAAAUUAAAGUGUUUAAACGUGGUGAUAAAUGUCAGUGACCUCUGGAGGCUAAAUUAGAAUAAACAUUCAGUCUCUGUAAUAAUAAUAAUAAUAAUAAUAAUAAUGUGUAUUUCCACAGAUUUACCUCCAACAGUUCAUGACUGACGGUGCUCACUCGCUGCACAGACUCAUUUAGUGUUGAAAUAAAAAGAGAGAUGCCUUCUUUGACAGCUGAAAUGUAAAAAUAAAGAUUGUUGAUCGUUUGUGUCUUCAGUAUAAUUGAAGAUGUUGUAGAAAUGUUGAAUGCUCAUUCUGCUGUUUUUCUAUGUUAAAUGUGCCGACAGAGAGGUGGGUUUCUGCUGAUCGGAGCUGUUUCUCUGUUUUUAUCGUCUCUGAAAGUCAAAAUCACUGCCUGUCAACUGCUGAGGAGGUGCUAAACUGUCUCAUCUGCUGUCAAUAAAUGUUUUUAUUAUAAAAUAAAGAA